AUGGACGAUGCGGAAGGCGACCCCGCGAGCUCGUCCAUGGCGGACCCCUACCGCAGCAAGCGCCUCAAGAGGUCCUCCCGCGGCCAGGCCCUCCCCGGCCGGCCCGGCCCCGCCGCCGCCAGGCGCGGCGUGCGGAGCCUCGACGGCGGCGGCGGAUACGGCGAUGAUGGGGACGACGGCGGGGAAAUUACGCGGUGGCGGGGGCGGGGGCAGGGAUACGUGAGGAAGCGUGGGCAGGAGGAAUUGGUGCCUGCCCAUGAGUAUGGGGCGGGGUUUCCGGAUCAGGCUCCGCCUUGGAGCGACUAUGCCAAGUUCACGUUGCUGGAAGUGUGGGGAGAGAGGUUUAUGCAGCUGGGUGGGAAGAGCGUGAGGUCCGAGGAUUGGAGCGAGAUUGCUGAGAAGGUGUCCGAGUGGGCGCGGAUGGAGUACACCGAGGUAGAUUGUAGGCAGCAGCUAGACGCCUUGAAGAAGAAGUAUAAGAAGGAGAGGGCGAAGAUGGAGCGAACUAGGGUUACUCCGAGCUGGAUGCACUUUAAGAAGAUGGAUGUGCUGAUGGAUACGAACAUGGAAGAUGGUGGGUUGGCUUGCGGCGUGGAUUCGGGAGAGUUUUGCUUUGCGGAUACCACGGUUUAUCUGGAUAAGUCGAACGCGUUUGAUGAGAUGCGGGAUAGUCCGGGCGAGUCGGAGUCAGAGAUGGAUGGCGAUGAGGAACAGGAUGAUGAUAUGCCUCCACCGAGGAAGGAAAAUGGAGGAGAGGGGAUGAGGGUUUUGGUUGAUUCGAUAGAGAAGUUUGGAGAGUUGUAUGAGAAGAUCGAGACUAAUAAGAGGGAACAGAUGAUGGAGUUGAAGAAGAUGCGGGCAGAUUUUCAGCGGGAACUGGAUUUGCAGAAGAAGGAGAUUUUGGAGAGAGCAGAGGCUGAGAUUGCAAAAAUACAGGCAGGGGGCAUGGAUGACGGUGACGAAGAUGAUGAUGACAUUUGCAGUGAAUAGUCAUGAGUAUGUAAUCUUUGUUUGUGUUGCCAUCUUUGCCCAAUAGACUAAUGGAAUUGCUUACUGUUUCACUGAUUCAAUACAAUAACUUUACCAUGCUUUAUAUAUACCUGGAGCCUGAUUGUGGGUCUUUUUACGCGAGUCGGACUUUGGAAAUGUAGUUAUUAGGCUUUCUUGGAAAAUGAGGAAGAUUGGAAGUAA